CGACUGGUAGCGGAAGCGUCACAGACUGAACGUAAACAGAAAACACGCUUCCAGACGAUUGACCUAAAACUGAAGAAAUAUGAGUAAUUGGUGAAGAAAUAACUAACAUUUAUCUGCUGGGUGACAUACACAAUGAUGUGUGUGUACAGUGUGUACAGUGUGUACAGUGUGUGCAGUCGGGUCUUAUGGAGAGCUGCUCCCAGUGUUUCUCCACCGCCAGGACUGCCGUGGGUGUUGGCAGCCGGGAAGAAGGACCUGGUGGACCUUCCCGUCCUGAAUGAGGACGAGCUGGAGGAGCAGUUUGUGAGAGGAUCUGGACCCGGAGGACAGGCCACCAACAAAACCAGCAACUGUGUGGUUCUCAAGCACAUCCCCAGUGGGAUUGUUGUCAAGUGCCAUCAGACCAGAUCCGUGGAUAUAAAUCGAAAGCGUGCUCGGGACAUUAUGAGAGAGAAACUCGAUGUUUUAUAUAAAGGAGAGCUCAGUGAAGUUACUAUAAAGAAGAAAGAGUCUGAGCUGAGGAAACAAGAGAAGAGGAGGAAGGCAAAUGAUAAUCUGGAGAGAAAAAGACUCUUUAAAGAAGCGCUGGCGGCCGACUCCAAACAUGGAAAUGACACUGUUUAAAACAUGGGUAUAGAAUGAACACAUGAAUAAUGGGAUUGUUCUGUAUUUAAUGUCUGCAAAAUCUGAAUAACACCUGGAAAGUGUAUCAAAUCCAAGUUGCAAUACAUCACACAGUAUAACACAUAGAGGGAGUUUUUGAAAAGAAAAACAUAUAUAUAUAUAUAUAUAUAUAUAUAGUUUAAAAUGUUAGCAGUGCAUCCUUUUUAAUGCUUUAGGUAAAAGCUGCAGUAUGCAUCAUUUACCAGUAGAUGUAACCUGGAUACACAUUUUGAUUUCAGCCUUUGAUGAUAUAAUUUUCCAUCACUCAUUUCCUGUAAGUCGUUACUGGUCUCGCUUACUGAAUGUGACAAAUGAAACUCAAGAGAAUUUCCUGCCAGCUCAUUUGAUAGUGAACAGUAAAACAAGUCGACUUACUACAGCUGUUUUGAACUGGUUGUGUCAGUUGUUCCUAAGUGAUGCCUACUUGCACAACAGAAUAAAAAAAAACACGAUUUUCUCUAUAAAUGAAGGAUAAAUAGAAAAAAAAAAACCUUGUUGUGGUUAAGAAAUGAUGAUACAAUGC